AUGGCGGAGAGGAGCAGGACGGCAGAGACGGGUAGUGACAUAGGAGGCGAUGAAAUCAUAGCAGGGAACGUGAACAAGUACACUGUUCUCCCAGCUGGUUAUUCUGGACAGCCUAAAAAAGGACAUCUUGUAUUUGAUGCCUGUUUUGAAAGCGGUAACCUUGGAAGAGUGGACUACAUCACAGAAUUUGAGUAUGACCUUUUCAUCAGACCAGAUACCUGUAACCCACGCUUUCGAGUUUGGUUCAACUUCACUGUUGAAAAUGUAAAAGAAUCACAGAGAGUAAUUUUCAAUGUCGUCAACUUCAGUAAAACAAAAAGCCUCUAUAGAGAUGGAAUGGCUCCAAUGGUGAAAUCCACAAGCAGACAAAAAUGGCAAAGAAUACCCUCCAAAAAUGUGUAUUACUAUCGCUGCCCGGACCACAGGAAGAACUAUGUCAUGUCAUUUGCUUUUUGCUUUGACCGUGAGAACGACACUUAUCAAUUUGCCUACUGCUACCCUUACACCUAUACUCGCCUUCAGCACUAUCUUGACAACCUACAGAGGCGGAACAUGGACUACUUUUGCAGAGAGCUGCUAGGACUCAGCGUGCAAAGACGGCAGCUUGACCUUCUGACAAUAACCAGCCCUGCGAACCUGCGCCCAGGUGCUGAACAGAAAGUGGUGUUCAUCACUGCACGAGUCCAUCCUGGGGAAACGCCUUCUUCCUUCGUGUGCCAAGGUAUAAUUGAUUUCCUUGUGAGCCAGCAUCCUGUUGCAAAAGUACUGAGAGACCACCUGGUGUUCAAGAUUGCACCUAUGCUCAAUCCUGAUGGAGUAUACCUAGGAAAUUACAGGUGCUCUCUGAUGGGUUUUGAUUUAAACCGGCACUGGGCAAAUCCAUCUCCAUGGGCUCAUCCCACCUUGCAUGGAGUGAAGCAGCUCAUCGUUGAGAUGUACAACAACCCGAAGAUUAACCUGGAGUUCUACAUUGACAUCCAUGCGCACUCUACCAUGAUGAAUGGCUUCAUGUAUGGGAACAUCUUUGAAAACGAGGAAAGAUUUCAGCGACAGGCUGUUUUCCCCAGGCUGCUCUGUCAGAAUGCUGAAGAUUUCUCUUACUCCAGUACAUCCUUCAACCGAGAUGCUGUGAAAGCAGGGACGGGCCGGCGUUUUCUUGGUGGGCUGUUAAAUGAUACGUCCUACUGCUACACCCUGGAAGUCUCAUUCUACAGCUACAUCGUGGGUGCAACUACUGCUGCUGUCCCUUACACAGAAGAAGCAUAUAUGAAGCUUGGAAGGAAUGUGGCCAGGACAUUCUUGGACUAUUACAGGCUGAACUCCUUGGUGGAAAGACCACUGGCAGCAACUCCUAAAAUUCGGUAG